AUGAAAGGGUAUUACAAGAAUGAAAGUUCUAAUUUAAGUAAUGUAUUAUAUAUUCCAAGAACAAACAAAGAUUUAGAAGUUGAAACAAUGACCACCAAGAGAGAAAGUAGAGAGUUCCCAAGCUUGCCUGGCUCUGGAAUUGAGCUGAAAGGUGACGAAUGCUGUGAUGUUUCAGGUUCAUCUUUGGAUUCAAUAUGCAUUAAAGAUUUAUCUAAAUUGGAAUCAAAUUUAUUGAUAGCUAAGGGAAACAAAUUAAAAUACAAGACUGUUUGGAUGGGCCCAGGAGGAGGUUAUUCAGUCAUGGAAGAAUAUGCGGAACCUAGAAAGUGCAUGGAAAAGGAAGUUCCUAUUGAUUCUGAGAUAGAAAUAAAAAGAUAUAGACAACCUGGAUCUUGUAAGAAUAGUAAAAGUAUGAGUAAUAUAACAAGUAACUCAAGUGUAGAAGUAAUGAAAGAAGCUGAUGUUUUAAAAGAAGACAGUUAUAUAUUUAAGUCUUCAAGAUCUCUAAGAAAUGUAGAUUGGAACAAACAGGAAUUUGUUGGACCACUUCCGUUUCAGAAUAAAGUAGCUGUAGGAAAUAGAAGUUGUCUAGGAAGGAAUUUGAUUCCAUUAUAG